AUGGCGAUUUCGCAGAGCGCAAAGACAAAGAGCGAGAGAAUUGAAACGGGAAACGAGUAUAACGCUUGCGCUGGAUGCGGUGGAGAUCCGCAUGUAUCGCCACUUCAACGGCGUCAGUUCUCAUCAGAGGCGCCCUCCACGGAUUCUCCGUAUAUGGCCCCUGACUCCAGUAGCUUCGAGGAGUUUACAGAUUGUAGCCCUGAUGAUUGUGACAGUUCUCCCGCCCUCAAUAAUGGGAAACGCAAAUGUGAAACCUCAUCCGACGAUCCACAAACAGAACAGCCUCAGCUCUCUCCGGCUCCUCAAGCGCUUCCAUCCUCCAGCGCUGAUGUUCAAUUGGCCGAGCAAUUAGACACAAUAACAUUGAGCUUCACAUCAUUUCUUUCACCCUCCACGUGGCUUGGUCCAUUUACUUCGUACCCUAGGUUCCACACGCUGCAGCUCUCCAUGCUGCCAAUCCAUACCAUCUACGCCUCCACUUUCAGAUUCACAGGCUACUUCAUUCGAUAUGCGCUGCUCUUUAACUUGGGUCAAGUCUAUCCAAUAACAUCAGCGAACACCGUAGUUCCCACAGGCGAAAUCCCUCUUAUUGCACCACAAGCUAUUGCAAAUCAAAUCCCUUAUAUCGAGAGAGUUCCCCAGGAAGCCGCCGGGCUACCGCAAGUGACGCGAACCGCUAUUUUCUGUACAUCACCAUGGCUAAGCCAGCAGCCGAAUGUUCCCAUAUACGCAGUAUCAACUGCCGCAAACCAGCUGCAGGAUACGAUGCCACAGCGACAUGCAGCCAUAAAUUACUAUCACGUUCCUCUUAGCAGUAUCUUUGGGAACCCUGUAACCCCAAGCGCGGCUCUAAGCCCGGCCGUAGUCCCAACCUACCGUUUGAAUCAGCAACACGAACAACAAUAUAUUGUUCCAGCUACGAGGCUAGCUUCAGCGUAUACGGCUGGGCAUGGCUAUGUAUUCCAGCAGCGACGUCAUCAAGCAGUACAUAAUAACACGAACAAUCAGGCCAUGGCACCUAUCCACUUGCCUGCGGGAAUGGCUGAGAUACCUCGGGGCACGACCUGGCAAAUUCAGCAGCCCAGCUCUACUGCCGGACCUGCCAUUCAUUCUGGCAGGGCAACCACGGCAUAUGGUCAUCACAGCGAUGGUAAUAAUGAAGGAGAGGUUAAGGCUCCAUAG